CAAAAUGCAGUUGCCGGGACGAUGGCCGUCGAUAAUUUUCUCUUUGGCCAGUGCAUCCUUUAUUUUUUAGCAUUUAUUUUCGGUUUUAUCGCCGUUGUGCCUCUAUCUGAAAACGGCGAUGACUUUCAGGGGAAAUGCCUGCUGUUUACUGAGGGAAUGUGGCAAAACGAGAACAUGACGAUGGGGAAACAGCGCUUUAUAGUUGAAGAAUGGGGACCAGAGUCGUCCUGCCGCUUCAUCACUUUCGUGGGCAUCGUGUCUCUCAUCCUCUCGGCCGUACAGGCGUGGCGGACCUUUUUCUUCCUCUGCAAAGGCCACGACUACUCUCUUUUUCAUGCCUUCUUGAAUCUUCUCCUGUCCCUCUUGGUGGUUUUUAUAGUGUUUGUGGCCGGAACUAUCUCCAGUGUUGGCUUCAGUGAAUGGUGUGAUGCUGUCACUGAAAAUGGGGCCAUGCCGAGGAGUUGUGAGGAUCUGCAAGACACAGAUUUAGAGCUCGGUGUUGACAACUCCUCCUUUUAUGACCAGUUUGCCAUUGCACAGUUUGGCCUGUGGUCGGCCUGGUUAUGCUGGCUGGGUCUAACAGUGAUAGCCUUCCUGAAGGUUUACCAUAACCACCGACAACAGGAGCUGCUAGACAGUCUAGUUCAAGAGAAGGAGCUCUUGCUAGGUCAUCCUUUACAGAGGGGUUCUUAUAUGUACAACAGGAACGCCAUGAUUUAAACAUACUGUACAUAUCUCACUUAGUCCAUUUACAAUGCAUGAGCUAGUUUCUGAGAGCAGAAUUAAUCCCUCAAGAUAAAAUGUAUUUUUGUAUAAAACAUUUAUCAAACAUUAGAUAUGCGUCUUAGUAAUUAGAUUAUUUAACUCAAAUUAUGUUCAUUAAAUAAAUGUUCAUGGAACACAAGGCUGAAUCCAGAGUUAAAUUGUUUCCACUGUUGUUCUUUAGACAGCACCCUGACAGAAUUCUCUUCAAACUGUACAUGGAAUUAUCACAUGUUCAUAUUCACUCUUAUUUUUACAGUAUAGGGCAUAAGACUGCCUGUGAGAUAUUGUGUUGUAUCUCAUGCAUUAGGAGACUCAGAAAAGCGUUAAUGAGGAGAUCUCAUUGCUUUACAAGUUCACUCAGUUGUGAAAUGUAAAGUCGACUGCAAAUAGAAACUGUACUGCCUUUACUGUACAUGGGAAUAUAAUCAGAAAUAAAAUUGAACAAUGGAUCUUAA